UCAACAUUUUCUUCCUCAGCAGAGUUUGGAAAGGUCAGAGAGAGUGCGAGCAAAUCGACAGCUCUCUGACAACAAAGAUCAAAGAAGAUGGACUUUUAAAAGACAUUUCUUACCCCUAGCAUGUGUGAUCUGGACUACUUGGACGUCGAUAUUAUGCAGCAUUCGCCUGGUUAUUUUUCUCAACUCCAAAUAAGAUCAAAUUGAGGCCCCGUUGCUGCUUGCUUGGCUUAACCAUUUGUCGUCUCUUUCGCGCUCGAUUGGAUCCUUUAUUUUCAGCAAACAUCAGACGAUCUUUUCUGAAAUGGAUUUUGAGAUUGCUCGUGGCGAAAUCAGCCCUGUAGAUGAUCAUUUUAUCACCGGGCCUGAUUCUGUUCCUCGACCUCCCCGACUCUCCCUCCCCGAGCUCGGGCUGAGGGGCUCCCCCUGCACGAAGAACCUGGCCUCCCCCGGACCCAUGGCUGUGCUUUCUCCCGUGACUAACCUGGCUCUAAACCUGAAUAAUCUCGCUGUACUUGGAGGACAAUGUGAAACGCCAAAGCGGAAGAAAACACUGCCCCUCCUGAAGAUCCCUUCCUUCGCAUCUGAUGUCUCUUCUGAUUCAGGUCUUGGUAUGGAUUCUCCCAGCCCUUUGGACCCUCUGGAUGCUGAGCAGAAAUUUGAGAAAGCCAUACUGGAUUCAUCAAGAAUAGUCAAUGAGAAAAUGCCUAUUCGCAGGAUUCAUUCUUUGCCGGUGCAGUUAUUGGGUCAUAGUCCCAAUCUAAAGAAUAAAGAAUGUGAUGCUUCUCGCUAUGGAGUUUGGACUCGAGGACACGACAGUGCCAAUAAAGAAAACCUGGCUGAGGAUAAUUUUGAGUUCAAGAAGCCUUCCAUGCCUGCAACUCGCUGCCGCAUGCGCUCUGUUGGGGGUGCCAAGGAUGCUUUCGCCUGCCGCCCCAACUCUGCUCCUGCUUUAAUGCUGUCUCCACCAUCAUCCAAUCAGCAUGACUCUUCCGAUGAGAGCAGUCCCUUCAUAUUGCGACGCUGUCUCGAUGACGACGACGACGAUGGCUUCUUGGAGGGGCUUGAUGAUGUGGAGAAUGACUCUGAUGUUCCACUGGGAAUGGAUAGUCUUCUCACAGCUCCUCUGGUAUCCAAGCAAAGCGUGGACAGUACUGAUUCGCCUGUGAUUCGCUGUCGUCCACGUGGGCUCUUUCGUUCUCCCUCCAUGCCUAGCCCAGGAGGGCGUGUCCCACUGAAGAGGCCAGAUAGGCCUCAAGAUGAGAAUACUCCCGUGAGAGUGAAGAGGAGGCGGAGCCUGGCAGGGACACAAGUUGCUCCUACAGAGCAGGAAGAUGUCGUGCCCCAUCAGGUUCAAAGGUCAAAGUCUUUUAAUCACUCACAGAUUGAAAGAAUGUUGGAUAUAGAUCCCAGUAAUGUGAUUGGAGAUUUCACCAAGGCUCCUGCGCUACCCACAGUACCUGGAAGACACCAAGAGCUGAAAUACAUCACUCCAGAUAUUAUGGUUAAAGCAAUAAAUGGUCAAUAUAAUGAUCUGGUGGAAAGGCUGUUUGUCAUCGAUUGUCGCUAUCCGUAUGAGUAUGAUGGUGGCCAUAUUAAGGGUGCCCUCAACUUCCAUCAUGAAGAUCAAAUUGAAGACCUCUUUUUACGGAAUCCCAUCCUCCCCAUGUGCCCCGAGAAGCGUGUCCUGCUGGUUUUCCACUGUGAAUUUUCGUCCGAGCGUGGCCCACGCAUGUGUCGCUACGUUCGAGAGAGAGAUCGACUUUUGAACGAGUAUCCCAACCUCCAUUAUCCCGAACUGUACAUCCUAAAGGGUGGCUACAAGGAGUUUUUCCCACUACACAAGGCUGAGUGUGAGCCCCAAGAUUACAGGCCUAUGGCUCAUGAAGACUUCAAAGAAGACUAUAGAAAGUUCCGUCUUAAAAGCCGCACCUGGUCUGGAGAACGCAGCAAGAGAGACAUGUACAGCCGUCUCAAAAAACUUUGAGACACGUGUGCUUGUUUUCAUGAAUUUACUGCCUUUUAAUUGCAUAUACACUGCCCUCUCACACAAGACAUGCCAGGGAUGUGCAGAGGUGUAUUAGUUUACAGGCUGCCAUACAUCUUGGCCUAAGCUUUUGAACUGAUCCCAUCGCUGCCGUUCAUUUCCCGCCACCUUGAUCCCCCUUUAGAAACGCAUCACUGCCAUGUUAAAUAUACGCAUAAUUUUAACUGUCCCAUAUUUUUACUCCUGUUGUUUCGGUCACAUUUAAAAAAAACAAUUUAAAUAGGUAUGUUCUGUUGAGCACUUUUUAAACCAUUGUUGUGGAGAAGUGCUUUAUACUUUUUCCCCCUUUUAAUUUAAUUGUCAUUUGACCAUUAAAGUAGCCGUAAUUAAGAUUGGAUAAUUAUUACAAUAAUUGUUAUAAAUUUAAGUUUGCCUCAUGUCGUUUAUCCAUUAUGUACAUUAUCAUUCCAGAAUAAUGUUAAAAAUUUUUACCUCUGUUUUGGUUGUUUUUUUUUUUUAGUGAAACCAGCAAGAUUUUAUUUUUCACUCAAACUAACUUGACUGAUGGCUUUAACUCAGGACUUUUGCUGCUGGUCAGCAAGUGAUGACCAUGUUGAUGUUCAGUCGGUGUUGUAAGACCGAAUUUAGGCUUUUAUCCAUUAACCAAUUUGACAGUUUAUUUUCUUACUCCCCUGAGAGUGCAUAUAUUUUGUAAAUUUACAUACCUGGUUUUUUAUUGGUUAUGUGACUGGAGAGGCUGGUUUAUGUAUUCCUGAAUAAAAUGGAGUUGAAACUAGGGGUGAAAACUGAAAUCUGAAUCUUGUUUUCUUGAUUCUUAUAAGUUGUCUGUGUGCAGUUAUUCAUUGACUUGGGGUGAGUCAC